AUGUCCAAAAUUAUCAGUCCUCUCAGAGAGUUACUAAAAAAAGACACAAUAUGGGUAUGGGAAAAGAGACAUCACUUAGCUCUAAAAGAAUUAAAGGAACUUGUAACAACAUCACCAAUACUAACACACUUUAAUCCAGAUAAAGAAAUAACCAUUCAAUGUGAUGCUUCAAAGGACGGGUUGGGAUGUUGUCUUCUCCAGGACAAAAAACCCAUAGCUUUUGCUUCACGUAGCAUGUCAGAAACCGAAAUAUCGUAUGCACAAAUCGAGAAAGAAUUUCUUAGCUUAAUAUUUGCAUGUAGGAAAUUUCAUUACUAUAUCUUUGGUCGCACAAUAAAUGCACUAACUGAUCAUAAGCCUUUAGUGUCAAUCAUGCAAAAGGAUGUAAUAAAAAUACCAUCAAAUCGCUUACAGAAAAUGAGACUAAAACUAUUAGAGUAUGACAUUAGAUUAAAAUACCUGCCAGGAAAAAAAAUGCAUAUAGCAGAUCUAUUAUCUAGAGACUACAUGCAAGAGACCUUUACAGAGGAAUUUGAUACUGGGGCUACGGUGCAUUGUAUAAAUAGAUUUUACAACAAUAAUCUUCUAAAUAUUAAAACAGAAUCUGAAUUAGACCCAGUUCUUAAUAAGAUAAUCGAGUACUAUUACCAAAGUUGGCCAAAUAGGAAACACAUAGAGAAAUCAGUGCAGCUAUACUAUAACUUAAGAAACGAAAUAAUUAUUGAAAAUGGUAUAAUAUAUGUCGCAGAUAAAAUAGUGAUUCCUACUAAGCUAAGGCCCCUCAUACUUAAACUGCUACAUGAAAGCCAUUUAGGAUUAAAUAAAACAAAAUUAAGAGCAGAACAAAUUAUUUAUUGGCCGGGGAUGUUUAAUGAAAUUGAACAAUUUAUAAAUAAUUGCAACACUUGCAAUAAAUUUCAAAAUUCAAAUAAAAAAAGCCCUCUAGUUCCUCAUGAAGUUCCAAAUUACCCGUAUGAAAAGGUAGGAGCAGAUAUUCUAUCCUUUGAGGGUACAGACUAUUUAGUUAUUGUUGACUAUUACUCAAAAUGGUUUGAUUUAAUUAAAUUAAAAUACAAGACUGCUAGUGAAAUAAUAAAAAAAAGUAAACAAAUAUUUAGUACACAUGGUAUACCAAAAACCUUCAUAGCUGACAAUAUGCCGUUUAACUCAAGUGAAUUCAUAACUUUUUCUAAAACUUGGAAUUUCACAGUUGUUACAUCUAGUCCCCAUUACCCACAAAGCAAUGGCCUAGCUGAAAGGACAGUACAAACUAGUAAAAAAUUACUUAAAAAAGCCCUAGAAGAAGGAUGUGAUGUAAAGGCAAUGCUUCUAGAAUAUAGAUGCACCCCAAUAAUCAGUCUGCAAGCAUCUCCAGCAGAACUAUUAUUCAGUAGGAUUUUAAGAACUAAAUUACCAAUAGCUAACAAAUUAUUAGAACCCAGACUCCAACAUAAAGUACAAACUAAACUAAAAGCAUUACAGCAAAAAUACAAAUCCAAUUAUGACAAAACAGCUACCAAAAAAGAAACACAAUUUAAACCUAAUACAAAUAUAUUAAUACAAAAUAAUAAAGUGUGGUUACCGGGGAAGGUCAUAGCUAAGGCAAAUGCACCCAGAUCAUACCUUGUUGAAAACAAUAAUGGUACAAUUAUCAGAAGAAAUACUAAACACUUAAAAAAUACUAAAAUUAAUGUUACAGGAAACAGUAAGGAGGGAAACAUAGAGGGGAAAUCAAAAGUGAAAAAUAAGUCUAACAAAAGUGUCUUGGUGAAAGAGCUAUCAACCAGACCCAUAAGAAAAAAAAAGUACCUAACAGAUUUAAAAAUUUUGUAA